CCUCCGACCGGCGCGCAGCCCGCACCGGCACGCCCACAGCACGGCCAGACUCAGUACCGCGCUCCGCUCCGCCGCGGCCGCGUGCGCUCUCGCCCGCUCACCGUGUGACAAUCGGGGGGUCGGUGCGUGUGACGAAGAGUGAGCCCCGAUUGUGACGGGCCGCACCUCCUCGCCGACGGGCGGGGAGUGACACGAAGUGACCAUGCGCCGCCUUCCCGGCGCGGCCCGGCGCGCCGCCGGCCGGUGUGUACGGGACGGUGACGAGUGACACCCGGGUCCAUCGACAGCCCGGCGCAGCGACAGCUCCAGGACGUCGACGCGCCGCCCGCGCACCGCGAGGAGAGAAGAGGCGUAGCGGGGCGUGACGAAGCGUGGCGAAGCGUGGCAGCACACAGUGCACAGGCACCAGUGACCCCGAUUACGAAAAUAGCCGGGCCGGCGCGGGAAGUGAAGUAAAGUACCCGUCCCGCCGACCCGCGGCGCGCACGGGCCCGCGCAGGGCGUACCGCAGGGCGCACCACAGGGCGCCACAGGACCACUCGCACGGGACGCUGGAGGUGCGGUGACACCGCCGAGCCGGCCAGGAUGGCGGUCCAGCUCCAGCGCUACCCUGACCCCUACUACUACCCCAGCGUGCUGCCGGGCGAGCGACCGCCCCCGGCCCCGGGGCUGAUCGCCGAACACGCCCACUACUACACGCACCCCUACCACCCCUACAACCCGGCCAACUCCUCGUACUGGUUCGGCAACGACACGACGGGCGGCUGGGGCCCGCGCUUCUUCUACACGUUCUACACGGAGGGCGGCGACCGCCGGCCCUGGGACAUCCUCGAGGCGAGCGUGUUCGCCGUCGUCUUCCUUGUGUCGGUCCUGGCCAACGUGUCGAUCGCGGCCGCCGUGCUGCGCUACCGCGAGAUGAGGACCGUCACCAACUGCUUCCUGCUCAACCUGGCCGCCGCCGACCUCGUGUUCGCCCUGGGCAGCCCGCUCGUGGCCGCGGCGCGCGUCACCGACGAGUGGCCGCUGGGCAGCACGGCGUGCAGGCUGCUGCCCUACUCGCAGUUCGUGUGCGGGUUCGUGCUGCUGUGGACGCUGACGCUCAUCUCCAUGGACCGCUACCGCUGCAUCGUGGUGCCGCCGUACCGCUCCACGCUCACACCCACCCUGGCGCUGGCGCUCACGGCCGCCACCUGGCUGCUGGCCGCCGUCGUCUUCCUGCCCGUCGCCUUCUGGUUCCACGUGCAGCGCACCGAGGGCGGCGACGUGUGCACGCUCGUGUUCCCGCACAGCGACUCGGUCAACCUGUCGCUCUGCUUCACCGUGCCCGUGCUGCUGCUCGCCUGCCUGCUGCCCAUGGCGCUGUUCGUGUUCCACUACCAGCGCAUCUUCCGCAAGCUGGUGGAGACGCGCAGCCGUUGGGCGGCGCCCUGCGUCGUCGUGGCCGCGCCCAGCUCGGAGCGCUCCGAGUCGGCCGGCAGCGACACCCCGGGCCGGCGCGGCAGCGAGCUCAGCUUCGUGGGCAGCCUCAUGGCGCACGCGCACGCUGCCGGCAGGAAGGUGAGCGCCGCUUCGCAGCUGGGCAGCAUGGGCGGCAUGGGGCGGUCCGGGUCGCUCUCCCACCACGAGGAGCUGCGCCUCAACAAGCACAUCCGCGUGGUGCGCGUGCUGCUGCUCAACGUGCUGGUGGUGCUCGUCAUGUGGCUGCCCAUCACCGUCAUCAUGAGCCUCAUCUACGUGGACGGGUCGCGGCCCACCGAGGACACGGACUUCUUCCUGCGCAGCCACCACUUCAUCUGGGCGCUGCUGGCCGCGCUGCUCAACACGGUCGUCAACCCGCUGCUCUACGGGCUCUUCUCGGAGAACUUCCGCGCCUGCUUCGCGCGCCUCUGGUUCGCGUCGCGCCGCCGCGCCAUGGCCGCCGGCCAGGUGGCCGCCCGGCAGACGACGCCCGCGUCCAAGGCCUCGCAGCCCGAGGCCGGCGUCGGUGCCGACUACAAGCAGACGUCGCGCACGCCGAGCGGCGGCACGGCCACCAACGGCGGCGGCUCCGGCGGCAGGAGCGUCUACUAGGAGCGCGCCGGCCCCGGCGGGAGGGCGGCGACGCCCGCGACGCCCGCCGGGGCCGUGAGCGGAGACAUGCAGACCUUGGAGACGGACCACAUGUGAGGGGGAGGAAAGGUCUGCCGCGGCUUCUAGUCGAACGUGAUCGAGAGAGCAGAAAAGUCGUCUGCCGGACUUUGACUUAUUGUGAUAUGUACCUUACUUCGUUGGAACCAUUCCAAUGUGGCUUAGGCUAUAUGAUAUAUGCUACAAGUUCUGUGUACCUCACCUAGAGCGUUAUGUCCUCACCGUCCAAUGAAAACAGUCGCAUAUAUCCAUCCGUGCCACUAGUUGUGAUAACUAUUUUUGUUUUUAUUAAUUUUCCUUUUUCGUAUUUUUUACUUUUCACUGUUGUUUAAGGAAGUUUCGAGACGUGCGCCGCGCUCUGGUUGUACUUUGCUUUUGUACCAAAGCAGUAAUAAUGAAGGUUAGCUAAGUCACUGACUGCAUUCUUGUAACGUCUCAGUAUUCGCGCAUUUGUUUUCUAGCAGGAGAGGUACUCGACGAGAUCGAAGCCAAAGUAAAAGAAAGGCGAUCAUGCUAGUUACCACUAUUGAACCUCAUUCCACGCAAGCCUUGUCCUGUAACACUAAUGCAAAUGGAAUUUUUGUUAAAAAUAAUUAUUGCGUAUGAAUGAGGAAGUCACAAAUAAAUAUUAACUAAUUCAGUCUGUAAAAUAUAUGUAUGUAUGUAUCUAUGUAUUACGUCUCUGAUGCCAAAUAUAGUGAGUAGGUCUUUUCGUAAAUGGUCGUCGUGUUUGGAGGGAGAAUAAAUGAUUGUUUCUACUGA